AUGCUGUGGACUGACCCCCAGACGAGCCCAGGCCGAGGACCCAGUAAACGUGGUGUUGGUCUACAGUUUGGCCCUGAUGUCACCAAGCGCUUCUGCGAAAACAACGGUCUCGAGGCCAUUAUCCGAUCGCACGAGGUACGCAUGGGCGGCUACGAGGUUGAGCACGACGGACGUUGUAUUACCGUCUUCUCGGCCCCCAAUUAUUGCGACAGCACCCACAACAAGGGCGCCUUUAUCAAGAUUGGGCCAGACUACAAGCUCAAUUUUACCCAGUUCGAUGCGGUUGCGCAUCCAAACAUCAAGCCCAUGGCCUACGCAUCACAGGGCAUGGCUGGCAUGAUCUAA